AUGGCGGAUGAUGGCCCAGAUAGUUCUAACGUUUCAGUGAUACCUGAAGCCUCGAUCUACAGUGCAGGCUCUGACAUCACCCUGUUCUGCUCCUCUGAGUCCAACCCUGCUGCCCAGUUCCAGUGGGCUCUGAAUGGAACCCUGCUAAGCAGCGAGGGACCAGAACUACAACUGAACGACGUUCAGGACCAUGAGAGUGGAGCCUACAUUUGCUGGGCGAACAAUAGUAAAACCCAGAGGUAUAAACCAUCAUCACCACAAAGCAUCACUGUGAUAGAGAAAAUCUCCAACGUGACAGCUGAAGCCAAUCAGAAUGAGCUGGUGGAGUUCAACAAUUCUGUCAUUCUCACGUGCUCUGCCUCUGGAACCUCUCCCUUAUUUCAGUGGUUAAACGGGAGUGAUAAAGUCACAGGAAGUAACAGAGUUGAGCUAAACAAGGGCAACCUCAAUAUAUUGAAUGUGACUAGAUAUGAUAAUGGGCCAUUCAAAUGUAAUGUAUCGAAUACUAUCAGCUACCAAAUGAGCUCUGAUGUCAAUCUGACAAUUCACUAUGGCCCAGAUAGUUCUAACGUUUCAGUGACACCUGAAGCCUCGAUCUACAGUGCAGGCUCUGACAUCACCCUGUCCUGCUCCUCUGAGUCCAACCCUGCUGCCCAGUUCCAGUGGGCUCUGAAUGGAACCCUGCUGAGCAGCGAGGGACCAGAACUACACCUGAACAACGUUCAGGACCACGAGAGUGGAGCCUACAUUUGCUGGGCGAACAAUAGUAAAACUCAGAGGUAUAAACCAUCAUCACCACAAAGCAUCACUGUGAUAGAGAAAAUCUCCAAUGUGACAGCAGAAGCCGAUCAGAAUGAGCUGAUGGAGUUCAACAACUCUGUCACUCUCACAUGCUCCGCCUCUGGAACCUCUCCCUUAUUUCAAUGGUUUAACAGGAGUGCUCUUGUCACAGGAAGUGACAGAGUUCUGCUAGACAAGCGCAAGAUCACUAUAUUGAAAGUGGCUAGACAUGAUAAAGGGCCAUUCCAGUACGGCCCAGAUAGUGCUGUGGUUUCAGUGACACCUGAAGCCUCAAUCUACAGCUCAGGCUCUGACAUCACCCUGUCCUGCUCCUCUGAGUCCAACCCUGCUGCCCAGGUCCAGUGGGCUCUGAACGGAGCCCUGCUGAGCAGAGAGGGACCAGAACUCAGACUGGACAACGUUCAGACCAAGAGAAUCUCAAGAGUGACAGCAGAAGCCGACCAGAAUGAGCUGAUGGAGUUCAACGAUUCUGUCACUCUCACAUGCUCUGCCUCUGGUGCCAAUCCCUCAUUUCGAUGGUUUAACAGGAGUACUGCUAUCACAGGAAGUGACGGAGUUCUGCUAAAAAACAGAAAGUUCACUAUAUUUAAUGUGACUAGAUAUGAUAAUGGGCCAUUCAAGUGUGAAGUAUCGAAUAGUGCCAACGGCCCAGAUAGUGCUGUGGUUUCAGUGACACCUGAAGCCUCAAUCUACAGUGUAGGCUCUGACAUCACCCUGUCCUGCUCCUCUGAGUCCAACCCUGCUGCCCAGGUCCAGUGGGCUCUGAACGGAACCCUGCUGGGCAGAGAGGGACCAGAACUCAGACUGGACAACGUUCAGACCAGUCAGAGUGGUGCCUACAGCUGCUGGGCAUACAAUAGUAAAACCCAGAGGAAUAUGACGUCUUCAGCAACAAACAUCACUGUGAUAGUCCCUAAAAAGGUGAAGAUGGUAAGAGUCGAGAUCCAGGCCAGAGUUAACAUGGAGGACCCCGUUGUGCAGGAGGCCAUUUUAAAGGAGAUUCAUCAGAGACUGUGGAAGACGGGGAUGCCAGAAGGCACCACACUGAGGUGGACAACACAUCCAAAUGGAAAGAUCUUCCAAGAAAAGAAGAAUGAGAAAGCAGGAGGGGAGAAGAAGAAUUGA